CUACUUAUGCAAUUAUAUGAAACAUUUAAGUAAGAACAUUUUUUCUCAACGCUGUACAAAAGUUACAUUUUAAAAACAUCCAGAGUUUGACUUCCUGUAACUUCUGGCCAGAGUUAAAUCAGGGAUUUGUUGAUGUAAACAUCAGAUUCAGAGAGGUGAACGGGUUUGGAGUGGAUUUUAUUUUUCUUGGCAGCGAUUUCCUCUUUGUGGGUCAGCCGUCAGGUGGAGUAAGAGCUCCACGCCUGGUUACCUACCUGAGCCCUCAGGUGAGAUUUGGGUCCCGUCUUUAUUCAUGGGGGACAGAUGGAAACCUCAGGCGGGCGUGGGCGCGUGUCGUCCUGGCUACUUCUGGGUGUGUCCAGGGAAAGACAGAAGAGCCACUAAGAGACCAAAAAAACCCAUAAAAGAGAGUCAGCGAGGUGACGACUUCCUGGUUACCUGUUUGGGUGGAGCCUGAUGGAGCUGAGCUGGGAGCGGCCGGCUGCAGCAGAGCAGUGUGUGAGGUUUGAAUGGUGAGAGCUCCGCUCUGUGCCUACAUGUCUGCGUGUUUCCUUUCUUUCUUUCUGUUUUUUCACCUGAUAUGAGAGCUGACACCACAGCUGACAGUGGAGUCAAACAGAGCCGGAGCCGGGGAGGACAUGAGGUCCGACAAGGAGGAGGGGAAGGCCGCGCUGCUGCGAGAGGAGGUGGCCCAGCUUCAGGAGGAGGUCCACCUGCUGAGGCAAAUGAAGGACAUGUUGAGCAAAGACCUGGAGGAGACGCAGGGCGGCUGCUCCGCCAACCUGCUGUCUGCCACCGAGCUCCGAGCCCAGCUUGGUGACAAGGAGCAGGAGCUGGACCGCGCCAAGGAGGCCUUACAAGCCAUGAAAGCGGACAGGAAGCGGCUAAAAGUGGAAAAAUCAGAGCUGGCGAAUCAGAUGCAGCAGCUGUACACGACGCUGGAGAGCAGAGAGGAGCAGCUGAGGGAGUUCAUACGAAACUACGACCAGCACAGAAAGGAGAGCGAGGAUGCGGUGAAAGUCCUGGCGAAGGAGAAGGAUGUUCUGGAGCGGGAGAAAUGGGACCUGAGGAGGCAAACCAAAGAAUCCACGGAGCAGGCCAACAUGCUGCGCUCUCAGAUAGACAUGAAGGAGAACAGGAUUAAGGAGCUGGAGGCCGAGCUCACCAUGGCCAAGCAGUCUCUGGCCACGCUGACGAAGGACGUCCCCAAGCGUCACUCGCUGGUGGUGCAGCCGGAGCCGCUGGUGAACGGCAGUCAGGAGUGGGUGAUGCAGGCCGACCUGCCGCUCACCGCCGCCAUCCGUCAGAGCCAGCAGACGCUCUACCACGGACACAACGCUGACCGGCAGGCUGUGGUCAGGAUCAGCCCCUGCCACACUCGCCAGCCGUCUGUGAUCUCCGACGCCUCAGCAGCUGACGGGGACCGCUCGUCCACGCCCAGCGACAUCAACUCGCCUCGUCAUCGGACGCACUCCCUCUGUAACUCCAUGGAAGACCUAGAAGACCAGAAGCGUAAGAAGAAGAAGGACAAGAUGACUCUGGGAUCUCUGUCACGGGUUUUCACCCGAGGAAAGCAGCGCAAGUCACUGGACCCCGGCUUGUUUGAUGACUCUGACACACAGCACAGCCUGUCGGACGGGGAGGAGCAGCUGGACCGCCUCCAGCAGGCGGAGCUCAGCCGCACCACCUGCAUGUCCCACUGGAGGGCGGGGGCCGUCCAGGCCUGGAUGGAGGUGGUCAUGGGGAUGCCCAUGUACAUCCGAGCCUGCUCAGAAAAUGUCAAAAGUGGAAAGGUGCUGCUGAGCCUGACGGAUGAGGAUUUAGAGCUGGGUCUGGGUAUCGGUAAUCAAAUUCACCGCAGAAAAGUUAGGCUGGCCAUUGAGGAUUACAGGAGAGCAGAGGGGGAGCAGGGACUUUCUAAAGCAUCAGAGCUGGACCAUCAUUGGGUCUCGACGUCGUGGCUGAGUGACGUCGGUCUGCCUCAGUACUCCCAAACUUUCCAGACCAACUUAGUGGACGGUCGGGUCCUGAACUCGCUCAGCCGCAGAGACCUGGAGAGAUUCCUGAACAUUGGCGACCAUUUCCACCAGACCAGUCUGCUUCUGGCUAUCCAGCUCCUGCAGAUGCUCAGCUUCGACAAAGAGGCACUGCAAUUACGGCGCUUAAAAUGUGAGCAUGAAAACCGGGACCCGCUCGUCUGGACGUGUCACAGAGUGAUGAAGUGGAUCAAGGACAUAGACCUCAAGGAGUUUGCAGAAAACCUUCAGGGAAAAGGCAUUCAUGGUGCAGUAAUCGCCCUGGACCAGUCCUUCGACACAGAGGCCUUGGCCAAUGCUCUGGGAAUCCCCAGCAACAAACACAUGCUGCACAGACACCUGUAUGAAGAAAUGAAGUCACUCUCCGCCCCUCUCAGUAACACAGAGCAGAGCUCUGAGGUUAUCAGCUCUUCUUCACCUGUGGUUGUUAACCGCUUUGCUGAUGAAAGGUCGUCCAUCAGGAGAUUAGGAAAGAGUCCGCUGAGGUUACGCGCAGAAAGUCACUCCGUGGAGCGCGGCCUUGGUUUCCAUGGCAACUGCGGCUCUCUGCCCAGAGAGGCCAGAGUUCACGCUGUUCCCCGCGCCAAAGGAAGCCCCAUGCACACCUUCAAGAGCGUCGAAAUCACCAACGUGUGAAGGAGCCGUGGAGAUGUCCUCUGUUUACACUGUCAGCUCUACAACGUUGGAGCUUUUUUAAAGGUUUAGCUAACGCUACUCUGUAGAUCAGAUCCACUUCUGGAGACGGGAAUAAUGCACCUCAAUGACCUGAUGUAGCUGUUGUACAUUAAUGGAUUGUCUAAAGUCAUUUUUUGUUUUUUAAGUUAUAGUUUUUUGAUUGAGGUUUAUAUGUAAUUAAUGAAAACAGAGCAGAGAACAAAAAAUAACUCAAAACUGCACUCAGUGCCCCUGUGAUGCCUUAUGUAAAAAGUCUCAUGAUCUCAGUGCUUCUGUCUACUUCUUUAUGUGAACUGAGGUUUGUUGUUUUGUUUACAUAAAACUUGUACAUGUUUUUACAUUUAUAGAUCAGAACAAAAUGUUAAGGACUUUUGCACUGGGUUGAUUAUACUGUUUAAAAGUCUGUUUAUUUCUCUUAUGGUGCCACGUUUGCUUGAAAAAUUCAUUUGUGGAUUGAGCAGCGGAGUUGAGUAUGAAGACCCCUGAAAACUUGCCAUAUCCUCCCUCACAAUGCCAAUCCUAUUUAUUGCAUAUGAUCAUUGAAGUUUGGGAAAACCAUGAAACAUGCCAAAUUAAUAGCUUAUUCUUGCACUGCAGUGGGAUGCAGUGUAAGAUUUGUUUUGGGCAUGAACCCAAAUCAAACCCAAUUCAGUUCAGUUUAUUUACAGCAUGUAGCAGAAAGUCACAAAAAGAGAGUUCAGUCUAAUCAUACAGAGAGAUUCAGUCAAGUUCCAAUUGAUCCUAGUUACCAAACAAUACAUUAAUUUCAGUUCAUUAUUCAAAUUAGUUUUAAAAGUUUCUAAGGAAACCAAGUUGAAUAUAUUGAGUCACUGACUUGCAGCAGUCACUUCUCUUAGACCAACAUGUAGCGACAGUAGACAGUCAUUCACAUUGUGUCGCAAUCUCUCAUGCCGAGCAUGCAUGUAGCGACAGUGGAGAGAAAAAACUCCCCUUUAACCACCAUGACUGACUGGCUUGUGUGAAAAUACAGAGCAUGCACACAAAAAAGAUACAAGCACUGAUUAAGGAGUACUUUCUACAUCAGAGAAAAGUUAAAGGAAGUAGUAGCUUUUUAGUGGCUUCAUCUGGGAGGAAAACAAGUCCCAACAAAUAAGAUCUGAGUCGGUUUUAAUUUAAUUUAAAAGCUAAAGCUCACUCAAUAGCGUUGUCUAGGAGAGAGACAGAGUUAAACACUGACAGACGGGCAGGUUUAUCAUCUAUAGAGAAUGUUUAAGUGUUGGCAGCAAUAUCUCAGCCAAAUAGAGCGCCAGACCAGGUGUAGCAUCUAUAAAAAGUGAAAAACUGAGAGAAAACAUAAAGCUAAAAGCUGAAUUAACAGCAAGUAGUGUAAAAUUGGAGAGUAGUAGGAGAAUGUAGCAGCUAGAAUAAUGAAAUGUAGUAAUUACUGCAUGUCUUCCAGCAGCCUAAACCUAUAGUAGCAUAGCUAGAGAGAUAGUUUGGGGAAACCUAAGUUGCUCUAAAUAUAAGCUUUAUCAAAAAGGAAUGUUUUACACUUGGAAAAUUAAGCCUUUAAGCAAACAAUCUGUCUACUUUUAAGUAGAUAUAGAGACUAAACUAGAGACUAGCCUGAUAACUAAAAGAUCUGGCUCCCAUUUCACUGCACUGAAUAACCUGAAGUUCUCCAUGGAGUAGAAGUUUAAAAUGCAGGCUGUUUCAUACUCUCCUCUGCCAAAUUUUGGAAGUAGAGUCCAAAAACCUGGCUCUGUUGGGGUGAGCAUUAGACUUCCCUUCCUUGGAGAGGAGAUUCACCGGGCAAACCAGUGGAUUUCCACUGGUUUCAGAUUGAAUCCAUUGAUGACAAACUUUGUUUUUUAAUUGAGGGAGGUCAUCAUACUUCUUCUGAUUGAACCGUCAUACUUAAACCCACAAAUGUAGAACAUGGAAUUAGAGAAAAAAAGUCUUAGCAUGUAAUAUAGGCUGUAUUUACACUGCAGCCUGAAGUGACACAAUUCCCUUUUUUCUUCUUUUUUUUUUGCCUUAAUGUGACCUGUAUCUGAUAUUUUAAUGACUGUCUUAACAACACAGAUCGGAUUUUUUUAAUACUUCUCAGGCCACUUGGAUUUCCGAUUAGCCUAUCUAUUUAAAUGUGACCUGAAUCUGAACGUCAUCCACAAACGUCACUAUUCUGCGACAUGAUACGACAUGAUACGCGCCAGAAGGGAGAAAAAAACAACAACUUUGGCAGACAAUAAUGAGGAUUAAGUUGUUAACAUGCCGGCUCCGGUCGGUUUCAGAUGUAAGGUUCAAGAUUUUAACAACUUUAAAAUCGUAAGUUAGCAUACACGUUUACUUCCGCAAACACUGAGCAAAACACUGAGCACGCUCUCUAUGUGUGACGUCAUUGCGCCCUCUGCUGCGCAUGCGGCGCACUUUCAUUUGCAGUUCACAUCAUGUGACCUGAAUGUCAUUGAUACUCGAUUGAUACGAAAAAAACAACAACCAUGGCGGACGGUAAUGAGGAUUAAGUUGUGAAUGUGCUGGUUCCGAUCGGACAACUUUAAUAUGUAAACUUUGCUCCACCAUUAGCAUCCAUGUUGCAAUCUGUGUGUGACGUUAUUGCGCCCCCUACUGCGCAUGCGGGACACUUUUAGGUCGUUUGCAGUUGAGAUCUGAGGUCACGUACAGGUCGUGUAUAUUUGGAAGCUGUGAACGACCACUGCACCAAAAAAAAACCAAACAACAAACAAACCGAUUUGAUUUUAAAAAAUCGGAAUUGGGUCACUUCAGGCUGCAGUGUGAACAUAAGAACCCAAAAUGCAUUAAUUUAAUUCAAACCACAAUAAGGAAGGUCUUUUCAACCCUUGAGGUGAAGGACAUGUCAACUUUAAAAAAAAGAAAGGAAAAGAGUAGGCGUGUGUUUACAGUCUGGUCAUUUGUUGACCAUUUUGGUAGAUAUUCGCCCCAGAUAGAGUAGUGACUAGUUUUAAAUACUGGUGCUGCUCAGAGCAUUACUGUUAAUGAUUAGUAACCUUUAUGAUCCAGUAUUUCAUUAACCGUAAGCAUGUCUAGUGUGACAAAUAACUGAACAGCUUCAGAAACUGAUGUAAAUGUUUACAUAAAAAUUGACCGAAACCAGAACGUAAACUGCAGAGCAGGCCAAAACUGAUGCCAUGGAUUAUGCUCUUUGUUAUUUAAUUAAUAAGUUUACCAAACUAGAAUAUUUCAGUCCACAUAGGUUUCAAAUGAUCUUGUUGAUGUAAAUGCACAAAGGUUGUCAAAGCAACAAUCCCUCAAGCAUAAACUUCUUAUGAUAUAUUUUCUAUAAAAUUGGGUUAAAUCCAAAAAGCAUAAGGAGAAUUUGAAUUGUAAUUGUCUCAAACAGCAUAGCACCGCAAUCAAUCAAUCAAGAGCCACGUUUUAUCAUCUACAUCUGUACUAUUUUCCUUAUUUUAUUUUGUUUUGUGCUUAGAUUUUUCAAACAUAAAAAAUAGCAACAACAUUCCCCAUGAAUGGACUGAAGAUAAUUAAAAUCAAAACGCUUUGGUGUGAUUAGCUGAAGCAUUUUUUUUGGGCUUUAUAAGAACUCAAAUCAAAUGACAAUUUAAACUUAGAAUUAGAAGACGUAAAUGUUCAAAACCAAACAUUCAACAAUCAAACUUCAAAAACAGACACAUUAAAAAGCUAAUAAAUUAAAACGAUCUGAUCCAAAUCUAUCAAAUCCAACACUAAAAUCUGCAAAGUAAAAACAAAAUGGAUGACAAUGAAGUGUUAACAUAUUAUUAUAAAUACGUUCUUAAUACUAAGCAAGUAUUUAUCAAAGAAAAUACUACAAAGCAUUUUCAGGAUGCCUUUCUGUAGGUCUUUCAAUGUUUUUCUUUGGACUUUGGCUGCUAUAAGACUUUUAAUCUAAAAAGGGACGAACCAGCAGUGUUGGUUAAAAAUAACAACUUUUAAAUUUGACUGUAAUAUUCUUUGUAAUAUGUGUCUAAAGUUACAAUAUUGAAGGAAAUUCAAUUCAAUUUUACAUGCUGUUGUUUUGAAUAGUGCACAUCUCCAGUAUCGAGAUCAAGGGUGUGGAAGUGAGCGUUCUGCUGAGUCAGCACAGUGUACUUUACCCACUUUCCUCAGUUUAUAAGUAAAUAUUAGUAUCAUGUGAUGUUCACCUAGAGGACUUGGUAGAACAUGAAUAUGAAUGAAGCCAAAGAUUAAAGAAAAACUAUUGAUCAAGACCUUUAGGCUCCUUUGAUGCAAAGUA